GGAAGCGGAAGUAGAGGGGCGGCUGGCUGCUAGGCUUUUGCUCUGGGACCGGCUCGUGAGCCGAGCCGCGGGAAAGGCGCGUGUCGGCUUCUCACUGGCGCAGCCUCUGCCGCUGUCGCUGCCGCCCCUCCCCGGCGUAGUCACAGGCGCUGUAGUGGACUAAACGCGGCCGGUGCGUGGGCAGCCAGGGGGUCGCGAGCAGCGCGUGUGUCGCGGCUGCGCGACCAGUGACAGGAUCAAACCCAGGGCCUGCGUGUGCUAGGGCUUUGCUAUAAAAUGGAACUUCUGAUUGCACUCACUGGACUGUGGCUGUUCUCUUCAGUAAAGGCAGAUUCAAAAGCCAUUACAACCUCUCUUACAACAAAGUGGUUUUCCACUCCACUGUUGUUAGAAGCCAGUGAGUUUUUAGCAGAAGACAGUCAAGAGAAAUUUUGGAAUUUUGUAGAAGCCAGUCAAAAUAUUGGAUCAUCAGAUCAUCACGGUACUGAUUAUUCCUAUUAUCAUGCGAUUUUGGAAGCUGCAUUUCAGUUUUUGUCACCUCUACAGCAGAAUUUGUUGAAAUUUUGUCUGUCUCUUCGUUCCUACUCGGCUACAAUUCAGGCCUUCCAGCAGAUAGCAGCUAAUGAACCUCCACCAGAAGGAUGUGAUUCAUUUUUUUCAGUGCAUGGAAAGAAGACCUGUGAUUUUCAUACUUUGGAGACUCUUCUACUUACAGCAUCUGAGAGACCCAAACCUUUGUUGUUCAAAGGAGAUCACAGAUAUCCCUCAUCCAAUCCUGAAAGCCCAGUGGUGAUUUUCUACUCUGAAAUUGGCUAUGAGAACUUUUCUAAUUUCCACCACCAACUUAUAUCAAAAAGUAAUUUAGGCAAAAUCAAUUAUGUAUUCAGACAUUAUUUAUCUAAUCCCAGAAGGGAGCCCGUUCAUCUCUCUGGUUAUGGUGUGGAAUUGGCCAUUAAGAGCACUGAGUACAAGGCCAAGGAUGAUACUCAGGUGAAAGGAACUGAGGUAAACACUACAGUAAUUGGUGAAAAUGAUCCUAUUGAUGAAGUUCAGGGAUUCCUCUUUGGAAAAUUAAGAGACUUACACCCUGACCUGAAGGAACAGUUGAAAGAACUCAGAAAGCAUCUUGUAGAGAGUACCAAUGAAAUGGCACCUUUGAAAGUUUGGCAGUUGCAAGACCUCAGUUUCCAGGCUGCUGCCCGAAUCUUGUCUGCUCCUGUGGAGUUGGCUUUAGUGGUGAUGAAAGAUCUUAGUCAGAAUUUUCCUACCAAAGCCAGAGCAAUAACGAAAACAGCUGUGAGUUCGGAACUUAGAACUGAAGUGGAAGAGAAUCAGAAGUAUUUUAAGGGAACUUUAGGAAUACAGCCUGGAGACUCUGCUCUCUUCAUCAAUGGGCUUCAUAUUGAUUUAGAUACACAGGAUAUAUUCAGUUUGUUUGAUGUAUUGAGGAAUGAAGCCCGGGUAAUGGAGGGUCUGCACAGACUGGGAAUAGAAGGCAUCGCUCUGCAUAAUAUUUUGAAGCUGAACAUCCAGCCUUCUGAGGCCGACUAUGCUGUAGACAUCAGGAGUUCUGCUAUUUCAUGGGUCAACAACCUGGAGGCUGAUAGCAGAUAUAAUUCAUGGCCUUCUAGUCUACAGGAGUUGCUUCGACCUACCUUUCCUGGUGUUAUUCGGCAGAUUAGGAAAAACUUGCAUAACAUGGUUAUCAUAGUUGAUCCUGCACAUGAGGCCACAGCAGAGUUGAUUAACACAGCUGAAAUGUUCCUCAGUAAUCAUAUACCAUUAAGAAUUGGUUUUGUAUUUGUGGUUAAUGACUCUGAAGAUGUUGAUGGGAUGCAAGAUGCCGGAGUGGCUGUUCUUAGAGCAUAUAAUUACGUUGUCCAAGAAGUGGAUGAUUAUCAUGCCUUUCAAACUCUGACACAUAUCUAUAACAAGGUGAGAACUGGAGAGAAAGUAAAAGUUGAACAUGUGGUCAGUGUCCUGGAGAAGAAAUAUCCAUAUGUGGAAGUGAAUAGCAUUUUGGGGAUUGAUUCUGCUUACGAUCAGAAUCGGAAGGAAGGAAGAGGCUACUAUGAGCAGACUGGUGUCGGUCCGCUGCCUGUCGUUCUGUUCAAUGGAAUGCCCUUUGAAAAAGAACAGCUAGAUCCUGAUGAGCUGGAAACCAUCACAAUGCACAAAAUCCUGGAGACCACUACCUUCUUCCAAAGAGCUGUGUACUUGGGUGAACUGUCCCACGAUCAAGAUGUGGUAGAGUAUAUCAUGAAUCAGCCGAAUGUUGUUCCACGAAUCAAUUCCAGGAUUUUGACAGCUGAGCGAGAGUACCUGGAUUUAACAGCAAGUAUUCCCAGAACUAUGUUGAAUAGAAGUGGUGAAAGUGACUAUCAAGAUAAUUUCUUUGUGGAUGAUUAUGCUAGAUUUUCUGUCUUGGAUUCCCAAGGCAAGACUGCUGCUCUAGCUAAUAGUAUGAACUAUCUGACAAAGAAAGGAAUGUCCUCCAAGGAAAUCUAUGAUGAUUCUUUUAUCAGGCCAGUAACUUUUUGGAUUGUUGGAGAUUUUGGUACUCCUUCUGGAAGGCAGUUAUUGUAUGAUGCUAUCAAACAUCAGAAAUCUAGUAACAAUGUUAGGAUAAGCAUGAUCAAUAAUCCAAGUGAAGAGAUAAAUUAUGAGAACACUCAGAUCGCCAGAGCAAUCUGGGCAGCUCUCCAGACUCAGACCUCCAACUCUGCUAAGAACUUCAUCACCAAAAUGGCCAAGGAGGAGACAGCAGAGGCCUUAGCCAUAGGAGCUGACAUUGGGGAGUUCUCUGUUGGGGGCAUGGAUUUCAGUCUUUUUAAAGAGGUCUUUGAGUCUUCCAAAAUGGAUUUCAUUUUGUCUCACGCCGUGUACUGCAGGGAUGUUCUGAAGCUGAAGAAGGGACAGAGGGCAGUGAUCAGCAAUGGAAGGAUCAUUGGGCCUCUGGAGGACAGUGAGCUUUUUAACCAAGAUGAUUUCCAUCUCCUAGAAAAUAUCAUUUUGAAAACUUCUGGGCAGAAAAUAAAAUCUCAUAUUCAGCAGCUUCGAGUAGAAGAAGAUGUGGCAAGUGACUUGGUAAUGAAGGUGGAUGCUCUCCUGUCAGCUCAACCCAAAGGAGAUGCAAGAAUUGAGUACCGGUUUUUUGAAGACAGACACAGUGCAAUUAAACUGAGGCCAAAGGAAGGGGACACAUACUUUGAUGUUAUGGCUGUCAUUGACCCUGUCACCAGAGAAGCACAGAGGCUUGCCCCAUUGCUCUUGGUUUUAACUCAGCUUAUAAACAUGAACCUAAGGAUAUUUAUGAACUGCCAAUCGAAACUUUCGGACAUGCCUUUAAAAAGCUUUUACCGUUAUGUCUUAGAACCAGAGAUUUCUUUCACUUCAGAUAAUAGCUUUGCUAAGGGUCCAAUAGCAAAGUUUUUGGAUAUGCCACAAUCUCCACUGUUCACUCUGAACUUGAACACACCUGAAAGCUGGAUGGUAGAAUCUGUCAGAACACCAUAUGACCUUGAUAACAUUUACUUAGAAGAGGUGGACAGCAUAGUGGCUGCUGAGUAUGAGCUGGAGUACCUGUUACUAGAAGGCCACUGCUAUGACAUCACCACAGGCCAACCCCCACGAGGACUGCAGUUCACAUUAGGAACUUCAGCUGACCCAGUUAUUGUGGACACCAUUGUUAUGGCCAAUCUGGGCUACUUUCAGCUAAAAGCCAACCCAGGAGCUUGGCUUCUCAGACUUAGAAAGGGACGGUCCGAAGAUAUUUAUAGAAUCUACAGCCACGACGGUACAGAUUCUCCUCCCGAUGCUGAUGAGGUGGUUGUCGUCCUCAACAACUUCAAAAGCAAAAUUAUUAAAGUGAAGGUUCAGAAGAAGGCAGACAUGGUGAACGAAGACUUGCUGAGUGACGGGACAAAUGAGAAUGAAUCUGGAUUUUGGGACUCAUUCAAAUGGGGCUUUUCAGGAGGCCAGAAGGCGGAGGAAGUGAAACAAGAUAAAGAUGACAUAAUUAAUAUUUUCUCUGUUGCAUCUGGUCAUCUCUAUGAAAGAUUUCUUCGCAUAAUGAUGCUAUCAGUGCUAAAGAAUACUAAGACUCCUGUGAAGUUCUGGUUCUUGAAGAAUUAUUUGUCCCCCACAUUUAAGGAGUUUAUACCUUACAUGGCAAAUGAAUACAAUUUCCAAUAUGAACUUGUUCAGUACAAAUGGCCUCGGUGGCUUCAUCAACAGACUGAAAAACAGCGUAUCAUAUGGGGCUACAAGAUUCUUUUCCUGGAUGUACUUUUCCCACUAGUUGUUGACAAAUUUCUGUUUGUGGAUGCUGAUCAGAUUGUACGAACAGAUCUGAAAGAGUUAAGAGAUUUCAAUUUGGAUGGUGCCCCUUAUGGUUAUACUCCUUUCUGUGAUAGCCGAAGAGAAAUGGAUGGCUACAGAUUCUGGAAGUCAGGGUACUGGGCUAGUCACUUAGCUGGGCGAAAGUAUCAUAUCAGUGCACUCUAUGUUGUGGAUCUGAAGAAAUUUAGGAAAAUAGCAGCUGGUGACAGACUCAGGGGACAGUACCAAGGUCUGAGUCAAGAUCCUAACAGCCUUUCAAAUCUUGACCAAGAUUUGCCCAAUAACAUGAUCCAUCAGGUGCCAAUCAAAUCCCUCCCUCAAGAAUGGCUUUGGUGUGAAACAUGGUGUGAUGAUGCUUCUAAGAAAAGGGCAAAAACCAUUGAUCUGUGUAAUAAUCCAAUGACCAAAGAGCCCAAGCUGGAGGCUGCUGUGCGGAUUGUCCCAGAGUGGCAGGACUAUGAUCAAGAGAUCAAACAGCUACAGACCCGUUUUCAGAAGGAGAAAGAAAUAGGAAUACUAUAUAAGGGGAAGACAAAAAAUCAGAGCCAAGAAGAAUAUCAGAAACAUGAAGAAUUAUGAUCUCUGGAGAAGUUAAGAAAUGACAUCAUUUGAAAAACAGUUUUAUACUAAAUGCUAGUUUUUUCUGAUCUGUCUAUACAACUGCUGGUAAUUGACUGGGCAGGUGUGCCACACCUUUUGAUUCUGAGCAUUUGACUUUGACUUCCAGUGGAUGCUGGAUUUUGGGGGUUAAGGCUCUAUUGGAUUUGUACCUCAGAGGAAGACAAGUGGCUGAUCUUUUGGGACUCUGUAAAGAGCAAUCUUCUCACUAGAAGAAGAAAUGGCAGCAGCAACUGGAAGAAAAUAAGUCCUUUGGUGUCCACAUCCAAGAUCACGUACAUGCUGUACUGUCAUGGGAAGGAGACCAGCAGAGAUGCCAUGUUCUUCCUUACCUCAGCUUACCUGUAGCUCAGGCUGCACUGCAUAUGCCCACCUGUUCUGGUUCAGGCCAGCAGAAGCCUUAUCCAAGGUCUACAUACCUGGAGGUUUAUGCCAACGUGUUCCUUCCUAGCCCCCUUCUCCCCACACCCUACCAACCCCACAUUGUUUUCCCAAGUGUUAGCAUCAUUGUUUAAUUGAAACCCAUCCAACAAUCAUGUAUCUUUAAGGUUGGCUUGGUGCAGUGGCUAAGCAAAUUAAUCUGGGAGCUGGAUGGGUGUGGGUUGGGGAGAUGAUAGGGAAGAUAGCACAGUAGAAUGGCUCUGUGUGUUGGGGGAGGAAGACUAGAAAUUGGCCAUCCUCUUUUAUAAACCAUCAGUAGUAUCGUGGCUAAUUUGAAAUGAAAACAUUAUUCCUGUUCUCUACCCAAUCCCAGUGAACUUUCUAGGUAAUUAUUUUGUAAACAGUUUUUGUACUUUUGAAAAUCCUUACUUUUUCCUCCCACUUUCUUAAAAGAACAUCUGUUAUCAGUUUCCUGACUGGACACAGCCAUAGUAAGUCCCUCUAGUGAUCCAUCUCUGAGGGCUUGGGCUCCCUCAGGAUGGUCACUGUAUUGUUUGCCCUUUCCUGCUUACUCUUCUCUCAGACCCAGGGGACAUUUGGCUUGGACUUUUCUUACCAAAAUGCUCCUGCUUCUAAGUCCAGGAAGGAUUCUGACUUAAGAACUUGUAUUUUUCUCUACACUGUCCCAUAUCCCUUUUACUUUAGAUCUGUUGGUUACCUUCGACUUCCAGAAAAUGACUGAGUCCACACUAGUUCUGACACGAUUUGACUGCAUCACAAAGCACUGUCAGCCCUUUAGUCUAUUUUGUGUGUCUUCACUGCAGUGGCUCAGUGUCGCCCCAUGGGAGCAGCCUUUCCUAACCGAUGGGCCGUUAGGUUCCUGGAUGUGGUGUUGGCCUGAGCAGGUGUGAGGUGCCAUCUCUGCCCAGGCGUGGAGUUCAGCAGUUUGUGCACUGAUGGGCACCACAUCUGCCUACCAGUUCACACAGGCUUGUUCUUUCCUCUUUUGCCUGCUUUUUUAAAAUAUGAAAAAGGCUAAGGAACUCAGUGGUAGAGUGUUGGCCUAACACGAGCAAGGCCCCAGCACCACCAAGAAAUUUUAAAAAUGAGUCGGCACAAGUGCAUAGCCACAUCCUCACCCUUCUAAGCCAGGUAACACGCUGACGGGCAGUCUUUUUAAAAAAAUCACAAUCUUACCACAAAUACAGGUAACUUAAUUUUUUCUGUUUUCAAAUGCAGAAGUUAGCUUAGGAGCCUCCUAGUCAGUCUGGAGAAGCUUUUUUUGACUCUGGUUUCAUUAUUUCAUUAAAAGUUGGGUAGAUAAGUUUGUCUGAGACUGGAAAGGUCACUCAGAGUGGCUGCUGUGACGAAGGCUGUGGCAUGAUUUCACCCUGCCCCACCUCUCGCCUCGUCCGAGCAGCUGAAGGAAUAGGAUCAGUGGAAUCAAGAAACAUUUGUCCAGGCGUCAUCUUCACAUUUAGUUAAGCUUUCAGAGAGACUGCUGCAGCUGCUGUCUACAACUGUGGGAAGAAAUGUGCAUUUUCCCAUUGUGUCGUCUGGAAGGUUGAGCAGGAAAUGCUUCAGUCACUGGGACAUGCUUUUAAAUGCUGUUCCCACCAGCCAUCCUUCUCCCAGCUCUCUGGUCUUAUGCUUAUUCUGCAUGGAAGAAAGAUACAGAGUAAAAUGUAUUCUCUGUAGGGUGUGUGUCCUAAUGUCAUUCGUUGCCUCUCUUUUGUCACCAUCCUGACAUCUGUCUUAUUAAUAACUCAUGCUGAUUAUGUGAGGCCCAGCUUCUAGAGUGGUCUAGACCUUCCUUCUGCCAGUUUCUUUCCUGGCUGUAUGUGGCAUAAUCACUUCUCCAAAUUAAACAAAUGCUCCAGGAAAGGAUGUUGCCACUAAAAUGGGAUCCUAAUCAGCUUUGCUGUUGUCUCUGCUGUGAGAAAGCAUCCUGUGACUAAAAAAACAGAUAAGAAAUUUUAUUUUCCAAGAAGCAAGAGCUGAUUGUGCAGAAUGUUCAAGCUUCAGGGAACUGAUCACAGCACAUUGUUCUUAGAAAACAUUUGUAUGUAAUGGUUUUGUUUUUUCUUUCUUUUUCAUCAUGCCAUAGUAGAGAGUUUCCUUUAUGAAUCAGUUGGCAGACUAAUAUGAAAUAAUGUGACAUGCAGGACUGUGAGCCUGUUUUUAUGUUCUGUGAACAGUGAUAUGUGGUUGACAUCACUGCCUACUUCUGGGCUGGGGGGCAUGCCACCAUCAGAGUCUCUGGACUCCUGGGUUUGGUUAAAAAUAUGCUGAAUACUUACCCACAUGGACAGUGAUAGCAUGUUGGUUUUCUAUAAGAUUGACUGUGAGUCUGUCAGAAUGUUGCAUUUCAAGUUGAACAUACUGAUGUGUGCCUAUCUAAGCUAUCUGAUAGGCCUAUGCAUUGUGUUUGAUUCCUGGGAGAUGCAGAUUACAUGAAUUAUGUAUAUUAAGAAACAUUUUGCAUAAAUGGAGCUUAAUCUCUUCUGUUCUUACAUCCUGUCCUGUUCUGAGUUUUGUUAAAACUCUGCUUGAAUAACUUUUACCUGGUUUGGGGGACUGGGCCCCUGAAUGAAGGCUGAGGGCUGGGGAUGGAAGUCAGUUAUUGAAAGACUGGCCCAGGUGAUAGGGAGGAAAGAAUUCCUAAGUUUAAUUUAGGUAAGAAGUAUACUUCUCUGACACCUUAAUUUGGACACUACCUGAAUUCUACCCACAAAAAAGUGACUCCCUAACUCCCAUCUCCCCCAUGAAUAAAUUUUACUUACAUGAAAGCAGUCCUUUUCUAAGAUUGCUGUUCAUUGCUCUUCCUAAUUUGACCUAAGUUAAAAAAUAGUUCAAUUUAGGAGUUAUGAGAGCUGGUUCAUUUUUCUAGAUAGAAUUUCAUGGAAAUACAAGUGGAAAUGUCCAGCCACCUGAUGAACUUUGUCUUGAUAACAAAAAAUGGAGGAUGUAUUAUGUGCAAAGUUAUUUAAAUAUAUAUUCCAUUGUUAUGUAAUUUUAAUAAUUAGUGUUUUAAGUACUUGAUUUUUAGAGGGAAUUUUGGGGACAAUCUGAGUUAAUCAACUGAAAUAUAGCUUGUCAUAUGCCUACUUUUGUAGGGUAAUGGUUUUUUAUUUAAAUUCAUAUUUUUUCUGCCUUAAUGUAGUGAGAAAAAGAUCUUAAUGAGGACUUUGGUAAUUAUCUGAUUUAAUUCAGGCGAGUUAGACAUCAUUAGCUCAGGCUGUUACUGGUAUUUCAAAGUAUCUGGCGGAUACACAUUUCUCAUUAUUUGGUUUGUGAUUCCUCCGCAUAGUACAGAAACAGCACUUGUGUAUCAUAUAGUGGUAGUGAGUCAGUGAGUUGAGUACAGGAUUUCUCUCUCCCCAGGGUGUCACUGAAUGCUGAGAACUUGCCAGAACAAACCACAAAAUUAGCUUCAAGCAGCUGCAUGCUUCCCAGAAGUAGUCCAUAAAGUUUAAACUCUGCAGUGAUGUUUUGCAAGCAAGAGGCCCUCUCCUGAGCUUUCCCAUUCCUUAGCAGUGCUGAGGCCAGAUGGGGGAAGGGUUAACUGUAUUUAUGCAUUGCCUUACUUGUCACAAUUUAGAUUUUCCAAAGAAAUGGGCACAAUUCCUCUUAACAAAAACAAAAAGGCAAAUUACCAAGGUUGACAAUUUGGAACAAAAGAGUAUCAACUACCAUGUUUUCCCACCAAUUAUCCAUGGAAAUAAGGUAAACAGGGAAAAUGGAGGUAAAGCUUAGAAUUUUUAAAGAAAUCAUGUAGUUUUAAGAAAUCUUUUUAAAUCAUGCUACUUUGCUGUAAUCCUGUUCCUUUAAAUGCAACAUCAUGCUCAGGUGCUGCCUGCCCCUUGCUUGGGAACAGCAUUGGGGUUUUAAAUGUCUGCAGAAUCUCUGCAUCCAAAGGGAAUUGAGAAAGAAUUUCCUGAUACUGUAAUGAAAAUAAGGUCUGCUCAACACAAUAAACUUUUUCCUCUCUUCUUUCAAA